UCGCCAUUUUGUACUGCUGCACCGGUAUUUAUCAGAGGAGAGGAAGAUUCGUGACUUACUCACUCUCGUAGCUAGCUAGGUAGUCUUUUUACAGCGAUAGGUUCCACGUAUAAUUAAAAUAAUAAUAAUAAUUACACCGUACAGUAUUUAAAAGGAACCCAUUUAGAGGACGCGACGACUGCAGUCUUGUAUUCUUGUUUUUUUUUUAGCUGUGUGUGAGAAAGAAUGGCGUCCGCCGAAAGUCCUCUGUACGCACCAUUCUUCGCAGUGAUGGGUGCCUCUGCGGCUAUGGUCUUCAGCGCCUUGGGGGCGGCGUAUGGCACGGCGAAAAGCGGCACGGGAAUCGCCGCCAUGUCGGUGAUGCGGCCAGAGCUCAUCAUGAAGUCCAUCAUUCCUGUGGUCAUGGCCGGUAUCAUAGCCAUCUACGGCCUGGUGGUGGCUGUGCUGAUCGCCAACAACAUCUCGGAGAACGUCACCCUUUACAGGAGCUUCCUGCACCUGGGCGCGGGCCUGAGCGUGGGGCUGAGUGGCCUGGCCGCGGGGUUCGCCAUCGGCAUCGUGGGAGACGCUGGCGUGCGCGGCACGGCGCAGCAGCCCCGGUUAUUCGUGGGAAUGAUCCUCAUCCUCAUCUUCGCUGAGGUGCUGGGGCUCUACGGCCUCAUCGUCGCCCUCAUCCUCUCCACCAAAUAAUCGCCCGGAGCCGUCUUACUACAUUGCUGCUGAAUGGGGGAAAAAAUAAAACUUAAAUUAAAAAACAACGUGGAAAAAAAGAGAAUUAAAAUAGUUCCAUAAGUAUGGUCUUAUCUCCAAUGUGUACAGUUGUCUCGGUUUGGUAGUCAUUCUCUUGUAAAUGCGCAAUGUAACUUAGUGAGUCGUCUGUCCUGUGUGUGUGUUUAGAUAUAUGAAAAAAAACAAAAUCUUUUCCUACUUUUGCUCGUACUUUCAGGUUGGCCAAAGUAAUUUGUUAUCUUGUAUUUGCUUUGACUAACCUUCCUUUUCUUGUUUUUUUCUUUCCUUUUUUUUUUGGGUCAAUUUCCAUAUUGAUGUUGAGGAACUAUCUGUAAAAUAUAUAUAUGAAAUAGCUUUUGUUUUUGUUUUCCACUUUUUAUUUAUGAAGAUUUUGAAAUGUUCAUAACACUGUUUAAAUGGAGCAGUCUUUAAUUCCCCUUGAUAAAUAUAUAUAUAUUAUAAAUAUAUCUAUGUAUAUGUAGAUCUAUUGCACUGUGGGUAUCUGUAAUAAGUGAUUGGAAUUCCUCUGGAUGUGAUGAUAGGUCAAAGUGGAGAAUGCCUUUACUGUCCAGAUAACGGAGUGAGAGUUUUGUGUGUUUUAAUUAUGCUGACAUUCUCGACACACUUGUAAAAUGUUUUCCUGUAGUACAGCUGUUUGAUUGCAUUAAAGGUGUGUGCCCUAUGUUGGGUCUCACAAGUCAAAUUUCCAAAUAAAUUUCCUCAACUUA